GUGAAGAGCUGUUUGUGUGUGCACCACCGACAUCAGCAGUGCUCAUAAAGGCGCUUUGUGCAUCGCUAAUCCGCUCUGAUGUCACGGUGCAGAAGGAGGGGCUGAGCUCUCCGCUGUAAUCCGAGCAAGUUGUGUCUGGAGGGACAAACGGAGCCGAUCCGGACGAGAACGCGCAGGCACGGGGGCGAUGUGUACUACAGCAGCCGAAGCCGGGCCUCUCCUCCACUGAAAUGCAGGUUGUGCCCUGAGCCAGCUUUUCUAGGAGAUAAGAGGAGCAUGUUCUGAAAGCUGGCAUCAAAUCACACCCCAGCCAUGAGCCAUAAGUAUCAGGGAGAGGCGACGGGUGAAGCUAGCGAGGACCACAAGUUGGUCUCAGGGCCUCCGAGGGGUAGGCAGCCCAACGGGACCACUGGAGACCCUCCUGUACGUCGGUCCUGGAGGCCAUGUCAGAUGCUCAACCAGGAUGGGGAACUGAAUCCGCAUCAUCACCAUCACCACCCUCCUCACCACCAUCAUCAACACCAUCACCACCACCCACCUGGAGGUCGCGGACCGCCUCGGCACCGCCGUCGGCCUCCAUCGGGGCAAGGACAAGGGCAAAGCCAGGCUCCGAGUCCAGGCCCUGCCCCAGCUGUGGUUUCUUCCAGGCCAGGUGGAGGCGAGAGUCAGGAUGCAGAUCCACGUCCUGUCCAGCAACCCCGCCCUGCUGUCACCCGCUACCGCCGUCAUGGUGACCCGAACCCCAGACUGAGAAGUCACAGACAUCGGCAGCCGUUCAGAGAGAUCCAGGACUCCUCACCUGGUAUCGAGGAGAGAGAAGGUCCAUCACAGGUACAAGUGCAGGAAUGCACCACAGCUGAUCCUGUAAUGGACCAGUCACAGGACAGGGAAUGUUCUCACCAGGCUCCUGUUGCUGUUGUUAUCCCCACCCAUCUCUCACCUGGUGCUGCACCCCCUGAAGUGCAACUUGACACUCCCAAUUCUCCCAAUUCUCCUCCUGAUGAUGCUGAAGAGGACCUCCAGGAGAGGAAAAUGGAGUUUAAGCAGGAAUUGGAGGAAGUUAAAGAGGACAAUGGAAAACAAGAGCAAGUAGGGGAUAAUGAUGGUGACUGCCACCCAGGCGUAGGUUAUUCUAGCUGUGGCCAUGAUGACAAAGCUGAGGAAUAUGCUGAGAGGGUGGAGGAGGAUGAAGAGAGAGUGAUGGACAACAUCGAGGAGGAUCCUUCAGCUCAGGGAAGUGAAAUCACAGAUCUCUGCUCUGACACGGAGAGUGCUGCCUCUCUCAGUAUGGAUGGACCUCUUCACAGCCCGCCUCCUCUUCAGUCACCAACUCCUCCAUCCUCCCCUGAUGUUCCAGCUUUUCCCCAGCUGGACCACUUUGGUGAGGACACCAGUAUGAGCCCUCUACCCGAUAAUGACCUGCUACCAGAAGAAGAGGAGGAUGAGGAUUGCUCUGAGUCAUGCUCAUUGUCCCACUCCACUUCUUGCUCUGAAUCUUAUCCAAAAACCUAUGCAGACUUUUAUACAGAGUCCCACCAAAAGUCUUACUCAGAACCAGUCUACGCGUCAUACUCGGAGUCAAAACCCUAUCCUAACUCUUUUCCCGAGCCGCUUAAAACCUCCUACCCUGAGCCAACCAGGGAACCUCGAAGGCAGUCUGGUCAGAGGACCGAGCCUAACCAGGGUCACCAAGAGUCCCGCCAAGAGCCCUUUACCAACCACAGACAGGAGAAUGUUCAAAAAGGGGCUCCAUCCUCCCUUAUCGAAGACUCCCAUCAUGUUUCGAGGCAGGGCAGAGACCGGCGCUCGCAGCGCCCCCCUCUGGAUCGCUCUGUUGGCUGCCGGCUGCACCACUAUGACGGUCAGUCUGAUGGCGAGACGGGCAGUGCCGAUCAGAGCCCUGUUCCUAAAACUCGUAAGCAGGCACCCAGACAACCAGAAACCCAAGCCAAGACCCCUUCGUCUGGGCCAAGCAGCUCAGGUGAGACCCAGGAGGAGCGGGAUGCAGAAGGUGCAAAGGGCUCAGGAGAUGCCAUCAGCCUAGCGAUUAAAGACAUCAAGGAGGCGAUUGAGGGGGUUAAGACGAAGACGGUGCGCUCCCCAUACACACCUGACCAACCCAUGGAGCCGAUUUGGGUGAUGAGACAGGAGGUCAGCCCCACAGAGGAUACGUACCCACUGCAGACCACAACUGGCCAUUCUUCUCCUCAUUCCCCCUCUCAGUCAGCUUCGGAGUCUCCGACGUGCUACGCCUCAGUUCCAAUUCGGGAUCCGGUCAGUCCCCUGAGGGUUGAGCACCCGUCUAGAGCACCCAAUCCCCAAAGUUAUCACACCGGGCAGUCCCAACACAACCAUCACCACCACCUGCACCAACAAGGCCACCAGUCACAGCAGAGAGAUGUCGCGAGGCCGCCGCAGACGUAUGCGCAGCAGCAGCCGUACACGCACAUGCCGCCUAAUCAGCAUCAACAGUGUCAACAUCAGCAGCAGCAGCAGCAGCAGCAGCAGCAGCUUCCCUCUCAGCAGCCGCAAACUCAAGUUCAGCCACAGUCACCUCCUCAGAAGCCGUCUGUCCAGGAGAUUCGCAGAUCUCUUCCACCGUUUCCCACAUUUGUAGACGUCCCGGGACCGUGUGACCCCGAAGACCUUAUCGAUGGGAUCAUCUUUGCAGCGACCUACCUGGGCUGCACCCACCUGCUGUCAGAGAGGACGCCCACAAAGAGCGCACGCAUGCAGCAGGCCCAAGAGGCCAUGAGCAGAGUCCGGGCGGCUCAGAAGCAGGCAAAGAACAGGAAGAAGAGCCCCGACGACGAGGCUCCGUCCACUGCUGAGGUCGAUCUAUUCAUGUCCACACAAAGGAUCAAGGUCCUCAAUGCAGACACUCAGGAGUGUUUAAUGGACCUUCCCCUGAGGACAAUCUCCUACAUAGCUGACAUCGGUAACAUGGUGGUCCUGAUGGCCCGAGGGAAGAUGGUCCGGUCCCGCAGUGCGCAGGAAAACCUGGACCACACAGCGGAGCAAACCACCAUAACCCAUGAUGACAGAAGAAUGUACAGGAUGAUCUGCCACGUCUUCGAGUCUGAGGAUGCUCAGCUGAUCGCUCAGUCCAUCGGUCAGUCCUUCAGCGUCGCCUACCAGGAGUUCCUCAGAGCCAACGGCAUCGACCCCGAGGACCUGAGCCAGAGGGAGUACAGUGACCUGCUCAACACUCAGGACAUGUACAACGACGACCUCAUCCACUUCUCCAAGUCGGAGAACUGCAGAGAUGUUUACAUUGAGAAGCAAAAAGGUGAGAUCCUCGGCGUGGUGAUUGUGGAGUCUGGCUGGGGGUCAAUCCUCCCCACAGUCAUCAUCGCCAGCAUGAUGCACGCCGGCCCAGCGGAGAAGUCCGGCCGACUCAACAUCGGAGACCAGAUCAUGACUAUUAAUGGGACGAGCCUGGUGGGUUUACCUCUCAGCACCUGCCAGAGCAUCAUCAAGGGUCUCAAGUCUCAGUCCAGGAUCAAGAUGAACAUCGUCAGGUGUCCUCCUGUCACCAUGGUGCUCAUUCGCAGGCCGGAUCUCCGAUACCAGCUGGGUUUCAGCGUCCAGAACGGCAUAAUCUGCAGCCUGAUGAGGGGCGGCAUCGCCGAGAGAGGAGGCGUCCGCGUCGGUCACCGCAUCAUUGAGAUCAAUAGCCAGAGCGUCGUGGCGACUCCUCACGAGAAGAUUGUUCAGAUCCUGUCCAACGCCAUGGGAGAGAUCCACAUGAAGACGAUGCCUGCAGCAAUGUACCGUCUGCUGACAGCACAGGAACAACCUGUCUACAUCUGAACACACAUCUCACAUCGACGUGCACCACUCCAUCUCUUUCAGUUGUUAUCCCCCCCCCCCGUUUGAUAUCACUUGACUUGCCUUAAUCUGUACAGUCUGUCAUGUAAACAUGUACAUCUCCUGCGUGACAGCAGAAGGCAGAUUAUCUCACUAGGCCGAGUGUUAAUUUUAUGUUUGACCAAAGAGAAAUUUGGGAUUUUCUUGUGUAUAUUUAGGUGGCGAACAGAGUCAAUAUUAGCUUUGGUUAAAUAGUUCUAUAAUCUCUGAAUGUACUCUAAUCAUGUUGGACCUAAAAAUUGUCAGGGUGACACAGAGUUUAAAGCUGAAGUUGUAAAGGUUGCAUGUACAAUUCUGCAGAAUAAACUAAAGGAAAAGGCA